AUGCAGAUCUUCGUCAAGACCCUAACCGGCAAGACCAUCACCCUCGAGGUUGAGUCUUCCGACACUAUCGACAAUGUCAAGUCCAAGAUUCAGGACAAGGAGGGCAUCCCCCCCGACCAGCAACGCUUGAUUUUCGCCGGCAAGCAGCUUGAGGACGGCCGCACUCUCUCUGAUUACAACAUUCAGAAGGAGUCCACUCUUCAUCUUGUUCUCCGCCUCCGUGGUGGUAUGCAAAUUUUCGUCAAGACCCUCACUGGCAAGACCAUCACUCUUGAGGUCGAGUCGUCCGAUACCAUCGACAAUGUUAAGUCGAAGAUCCAGGACAAGGAGGGUAUCCCUCCUGACCAGCAGCGCCUGAUUUUUGCUGGAAAGCAACUGGAAGACGGUCGAACCCUUGCCGACUACAACAUCCAGAAGGAAUCUACCCUUCAUCUCGUCCUCCGCCUCCGUGGUGGUAUGCAAAUCUUCGUCAAGACCCUUACUGGAAAGACCAUUACUCUGGAAGUCGAGUCAUCCGAUACCAUUGAUAAUGUGAAGAGCAAGAUCCAGGACAAGGAGGGUAUUCCCCCGGAUCAACAGCGACUCAUCUUUGCUGGCAAGCAACUUGAGGAUGGCCGAACUCUUUCCGACUACAACAUUCAGAAGGAAUCUACACUCCACCUGGUGCUCCGUCUUCGUGGUGGUAUGCAGAUUUUCGUGAAGACUCUCACUGGAAAGACCAUCACCCUUGAGGUUGAGUCUAGUGACACUAUCGACAACGUGAAGAGCAAGAUUCAGGAUAAGGAGGGCAUUCCCCCUGAUCAGCAGCGUCUUAUCUUCGCUGGUAAGCAGUUGGAAGAUGGUCGCACCCUGAGCGACUAUAACAUCCAGAAGGAAUCAACUCUCCACCUCGUUCUCCGACUUCGCGGUGGCCAGUAA